GAUGGCCGGUAAUACAGGCCACUGUCCCAAAUGUCAUUGAGUGGGUGGUUAGGGCUGUUGGUGUGAAAAAAUAGGGCAUUAUGGCUCUAUAUUGUGUGAAUAUUGAUUCAUUACGGUGUUGUGUGGGUGCUUACUGCCAGUGUGUCACCUCAAGAAGCAAGUUGAAACAAUAGUGCGAUGACGGAAGACAAGGUGUACAGCAGCACCCUCUCCUACCCCAAGGAGGAGGUCCAGAAGUGCCUCAUCUACCGGCUUUUCGGCCAAGUACCUGCCCGUCUCGUCCUCUACCUCCUGUCAUGGUCCGGUUUCCUGGUGUCUUUCAUGAUGCGCACCGACAUCAACCUGGCCAUCAUCGCCAUGGUCGAGGAGCCCACCUUGAGUGUGACCAACACCACGCAAGAGUACUGCUUCACCCUCGACGACGCCAACGCCACCACAGCCCCCUCGGACACGGGGGGCACUCUCAAGUGGUCGGCCAGCGUCCAGAGCUACAUCCUGGCCUCGUUCUAUUGGGCUUAUGUGAUUUCGCAAGUCGUGGGCGGCCUGGCAACCCAGAAAUUGGGCACUAAGCGGGUUUUUGGGUACGCGCAGUUGGUCACAGCGUUGUGCAGUUUGAGCAUUCCGUGGGCUAGUGAGACGCAUUAUGGGGUUGUCAUUGCCUUAAGGUUCGCACAAGGUUUUGCGUCGGGCUUGACCUGGCCCGCGAUGUACGCCCUGGUCGGUCAUUGGAUCCCUGUUCCCGAACGUAGCCGGUUCAUGUCGAGUUUCCAAGGUUUCAGUAUCGGGAUUGGCAUAACGUACCCGCUGUGUGGUUUUCUCAUCGCACACUUGGGCUGGCGAUCGGUGUUUUACACCACGGGGUCAAUUGGGGUUAUUUGGUGCGGGAUUUGGUAUCUUUUGGCCUUCGAUAGCCCCGAAAUGCACCCGAGGAUUAGUUUGAGGGAACAGCAGUACAUCAAGGAGAAUACGGUUAAUACAUAUGCUGCCACGCGGACGCAGAGUGUGCCCUGGAAGGCCAUUCUGACGUCACCGCACGCUUGGUCUAUCGGAGUUACGACUUUUGGCCGCAUUUGGGUCCACUAUACGUUCAUUAUUCCGGGGCCCAAGUACAUGAAGAGUAUUCUAGGGUUCAGUAUUGAGAAGAACGGCCUAUUGUCAGGCGCUCCGUUCAUCUGCAGUUACGUCGCGUCUGUCUUUUUCUGCUACAUUGCCGAUAAGUUAGUGACCCGUAAUGUAAUGUCGUUGACGAACGUCAGAAAACUGAUGACAGCUCUAUCUCAAGUGGUCCCCGGACUUUUAGUCCUCGCCAUUAGCUACCUCGGUUGCGACAUAAACCUGGUUUUGGUCGUUUGGUUCCUUGCCGUAACCCUAAUCACCGCCUCGUACGCCGGCGCCAUGGCCAACGUUGUGGAUAUUGCUCCGAACUUCGCCGGUCCCGUCUUAGCCUUCGCUCAAACCAUCCACAUGUCGGCCAGUUUCCUCAGCCCCCUGGCGGCCUUCCAGAUACUCAACGAGCGCGAAACCAUGAUGUCGGCCUGGCGAACGGUGUUCUACGUCACGGCUUUCGUGGCCAUCUCCACGUAUCUGACGUUCCAAAUUUGGGGCACAUCUGAGAUCCAGCCGUGGAAUUACACUGAAGGCGAGCCGAGUGUCACCGAACAGGAGGAACUGAUGACCGAACGCGUCCCGAACGGAAAAAGCGACGACGUAGCGUAGAUUUUGGCACAAGUAACUUAGGAUUUUUCCGAUUUUACUCAUUCAUAUUGUGAUAAGUUUAGUCAGGGCCUAGAUUAGGGGAGGGCGUCCCCACCACUCAGCCAGGUGGUGGGGGCGACCUUGAUGUGACAAUAGCAGUAUUGUAUAUUUUUGUAGGGCAUUAAUGCACGACUUUACGACCAAUUUUCCGGCAUAGUGUAGUCUUCAUUGCAUUUAAAAAUAAAUCGUGUGUGUAUUAAAACGUUUGCAACUCUCUCUCUAGUGGUACUUAUGUGUUAUAAAUGUGGUGCCAAUCGAUGUGUAAUCAUUCCUGUUUUUACAUAUUUUGCUCUAUCAAUCGUUGGUUCUAUGGAAUAAUAUAUUUUUCAACUGAAA